CCCUCUCAAGUAUCAGAUCCAAAAUAUAACACCAGUUGAUAACAAGACUCUCCUACUUGCUGCUAGCUGCACCAUGAAGUCUACUGAGCUGGGAUUUCUUUUGGGGCUCUUCGCCUUCUUCUUGCUGACUACCCCACUAAUGGGCGGUGUUACUAGGAUUUCUGAGAAAAUAUGUGGAAAACUCAAAGAUCCCUGCUUAAUGGACUACCAAUUUGGCAGCUGCUUUGAAAUUCACCUUAGAUAUUUCUACAACAAAACUUCCAAAAGAUGUGAAAGUUUUGUCUACUCUGGCUGUGAUGGCAAUCUUAACAACUACAAGCUUAAAAUAGAAUGUCAAGUAGCCUGUGAUGAAGAGUACAAAGCAGCAGUGAAGUAAGGAAUUCAAUCUUGUCCUUGGUCCUUGGGGAGAGGAAAUGGAGAGGCUCUGAGAUCCCAGGACAAACCCUGGUUUGGGAUGGGAACAGGGAGGAUUGUCAUAAUCAAAAGUUUUAAUAGUUGGGUUGGAUCUCAGAAUCACUUGUCAGUUUGCAGUUAGGAAAUCAGAAGUCCAGAGAGAAAAUAAUAGCCAUCAUUUAUUGGACAAUUACCAGGUGUUGGGUACUACACUAAAUAAUUUACAUAUAUUGAUAGAAUUUAAAACUAAAAACACCCUAAGAUAGAUGUGUACCAUUAUUUUUAUAUGGCAGAUGUGGAAACCACGUCCAGUAGAGGUAACUAACUGGCUCAAGAUCACAUUAUUAAAUGACAUGGCAAGAUUUCUAAACAAAUCUGAUCAUCCAGGGCUGGAUCAUCUUACGUGAUCAUCUUACGUGAUCACCCAGACCCAAGCUUGA